UGUUUUCAAACACCCAUUGAGAUAAAAGAAAUGCUAGCCACGCGUUUGAGUUCUUCCAAGAUUUUCUUGCUUAUUUAUCUUUUAUCUGAAGGACAUUAUUCAGAAGCUUUACAAGACAUCAGCAAAUACAUAGGGUAUUAUGAAGGCCUGUCGUACGAUCGAGAACUUUUAAAGCAACAGCACCAGCGAAUCAAACGGGAAACUCAUCUAAGCGAUCGAGUGCUUCACCUUAACUUCAACGCAUUUGAAAGGGUAUUCCACUUGCGCCUCAAGCGAGACAUCGUCAGCUUUACAGAGGAUUUCAAGGUCCAGUCGGAAAAUCAAACGUAUUUGGGGGAUCUUUCCCACAUAUUCUCGGGAAGUCUUCAAGAUGAGAGUGAUGGUUCCUGUCACGGUUCUGUUCGUGAGGGUCAAUUCGAAGGUUCCAUCACCACAGCCAAUGGCACGUUCUAUGUGGAGCCCAUUGACAGAUACUCAACUAGCAAAUCAGAGCAUCAUUCCAUCAUUUAUCAUGAAAACGAUGUGGUCGGCACUCCCUUGAAAGACAGCCAUGUUGGAUUCUGUGGUGCCAACCAGCUGCAGCAUCUUGUCCAGAACCACCAUGAGAUACCAGCCUCAAGGUCGAAGCGAACGGUGGACCAAUCCAAAACCAGCUGUCUUCUGCAUCUCUACGUAGACCAUCUCUUUUACAAACGCUUCGGGAGUGUCGAAGCGGUCGUGGCUCAGCUGGCCUCUUACAUGAAAAAUGUCAACGACAUUUAUGACCGAGCCGACUUUGAUGGCAUACAGCUGGUCAACUUCAAAGUUAAAUUUCUCACCGUGAAGAAGGAAGAAGACCCCAGCAGUCCUUUGGACCAGACCUACGUUGGACCUGAGAAGCUUUUGAGUCUCUUUUCGGAAACAAACUGGAACGACUAUUGCCUUUCUUAUCUGCUGACCAAUAGAGACUUCAGCGGGGUCCUCGGACUGGCCUGGGGUGGAAAACCAGAUGACCGAGGAGGAAUCUGCUCUCAGAUGGUCAGUAAUUACAGCCAUAACACGGGUCUGAUCACACUGCAGACGUACGGCCACUAUCUCUUCACCAAACAUGUGCAUCUGACCUUGGCCCAUGAGCUGGGUCACAGUCUCGGAGCCCCACACGACGAGGGUCGCAACUGCGGCGACCCGGAGGUAACCAAAGGCAAAGGAUGGUUCCUGAUGUACCCACAGGCCACCGCCAAGAUUGAAGAGAACACCGACAGGUUCUCCCCCUGCAGCCUGAGGCACAUGAGCAACAUUCUGAAAAUCAAGAAGGACAAUUGCUUCGUAGUCAGCGAUCAGCCCAUCUGUGGUAACCGCAUCGUAGAAGACGGAGAGGAAUGCGACGUUGGGAAUGAUGUCAAUGAUCCGUGCUGCUACAGCUCGAAAGAGCCAGUGGGUGUCGAGUGCCGACUGAAGCCUGAGAAGCAAUGCAGUCCUAGUCAGGGUCUAUGCUGCAGCACUCAGUGUGUCUUCAAGGAAGCGGGGCAGAUAUGUGGUCAGCCCCCCGAAUGUCGGAAGCAGAGCGCUUGCAACGGCUCCUCUGCCUUGUGUACAGAACCCGUUGCCAAGCCAGACAUGACAUUGUGCAACAACGGCACACGUGUUUGUUUUAAAGGGGACUGCAGUCUUUCUCUUUGUGCGCUAUAUGACAUGGUGCAAUGUGACUGUCCCGGAGACAACCGAACCGAGAAGUGCUACAUGUGCUGCCAGCAGAGAGAUAAACCUCACACCUGUUCGAGCACCACCUCGUCCGUGCUUUUGCGGCAGUUUAACGGUAAGCGCGUGGCGUUGCUUCCAGGAACCCCUUGCUCGGGAAACCGGGGCUACUGUGACAGGUUCAAACUGUGCCGAAUUUUGGAUGCAGAUGGUCCUAUUGCGAGGCUUAAAAAUGACUUCAUGAAAUUGGAUGACUAUGAGGAUUUGGCUGACUGGAUGAAAGCGUAUUGGUGGGCAAUACUUUUGGCUAUUCUCACUAUUUCGGCGAUAAUGGCUGGGACGAUCUGCGUUCUCGGUCAGCCCUUGGAGACAGAUUAAAACUAGUAAACAUCUGUCCACUUGGGUCUUUGAAACUGGCAAAGAGAGACAUUGCUUUUGAGAGAGUUUAUGAAUGUAAAAAAGUCCAGAUGUUCAUCUGGAAGGAAAAUAAACAUUUUGCACCUGUCCAAACAUGAUUCAAGUUUACUUUCACCACCCACGUGACGUAUACCGCAACAUUUGUCAUUUCAAGGAUUUUUGAAUUACAUUGCUUAUCUGACGUUUGAAUGCUGUCAAAUGAUCCAAUGAUGAGUCAUUGUGCAUUCUCGAUAACUUCCAACUUUUAUUUCGAGAAUGUGUGAGACGUGACAUUUAAAUAUUGAGAAUUCUCUUUAAUCAGUGCUCGGUUAAAAAACAGGUUUGACCCAAACAACAGAUGGCUGCAGUUAGAUAAAUAGCGCAGACGUUUUUUUGUGUGUUAAUAGUACAAAGUACCACAGUUUAGGAAGAUUUUUUUUUUUAAUAGAAUCAAACACAUUUUGCAGGAAGAUUUAUUUUGUAGUCCCGGAACUAGCGGUAGAUAUCAGCCAGGUCAAAUUUGCCAGUUCACAAUCUUUUGGACAGGAUUGUAGGACAAGUUGUAUCCAAUCCUGACACCAGUUUAGUUUGUUUGAGCAGUUGGAUUUGCUUUCACAAUCUAUCCGUGUCGUCCUUGUUCAGGUGACCGAAAUAAGAACAAAGAACUAUGUGACAUUUAAACUGGAUCUCAAAUGGGGUAAAAAAAGAUCAAAAACACAGUUUCAUCGAACGGAAAGGCUUGACCCAAACUUAACAUCCGGUCUGUGGUUGGUUAUGAGAUAACAAUGUAUUACUAUUUUAUGUUAUAUGAAUUGUUUUGGAUUAAAUUAAAACUAUUCACCAGUUAUCUUUGGGGAGAUCUAAUGAAAGUUAAGUUUUUCCCACAUAACAUGCAUAAUGUUGUUGAAACCCUCAAAUUGAGAAAUUUAAUUGCUGUAAUUUUUUAUAAAAUCAUUUUAUAAUGCUUUUACAGUGCUUUAUUACAAAUAUUGUAUGUAUUCAAAUAUUUUUACCAAAAAAUAUGUAACGUCUGUACAAAUAUUAAUUCUUUUGCAUAUGAAAUGAGAAAAUACCUCCAUUUUGCUUAAAGACCACAUUUAUUAUAUCUUUAUAAAUACAGUUAUAUACAGGUUAUUUCUUGUUGUUGUAAUACAUUUUAUGUUUCAUAAAAAAAUAUUAACUGGUUGUAAUCAUAUGUAUGAGGUCAUAAAUCGAUUAAAUGAUUCAUGUUUUCAUAUUUGACUUCACAGAGGUUU